CCGACUAAGAACUCGCAAUCCGUCUCUGAAUCACAGGCACGUCCUAUCAUGACGCACAACCGCCUUCUAUCGUCAUCGCUGGGAUCUCUCCUCCUCCAGUUUGUCGUCGUUGGAGGGGGCUACAACUCGGUUUGCAACGGAUUCGCGUACGCACCGAAUUUCAUCACCAAAAUCAUCCAGGAAGAAACGGGGAUCGCCGAGCCCCAGGUGCAAGCGGACGGGGGAGACAGCCAGCCAUCGCCACCCGCUUCCGCCUCGGAUGCCGCAAUCGUUUCGCCAGUGAAAACACGGUUCCCCCCCGAACCCAAUGGCUAUCUGCACCUGGGCCACGCCAAGGCCGUUUCGUUCAAUUUUGCCGUUGCGCGAAUGUUCGAUGGAACCUGCAACAUGAGAAUGGACGACACCAAUCCGACCAAGGAAGACGAAGAAUACGUCGAAUCGAUAUUGGAGGACGUCAAGUGGAUCCAGUCCGGCUUGUACGAGACCGACGGCGAAGCGGCCACGCCGUGGGAGGGAAGCGUCCGCAAAACCUCGAGCUACUUUGAUACCAUCUAUGAUUGUGCCGAGGCGCUCAUCAAGCAGGGCGAUGCCUACGUGGAUUCCCUGUCGGCAGAGGAGAUGAGAGAAUACCGGGGGAGCCUGACCGAGCCCGGAAAGGACAGCCCGUAUCGAACGCGCACCCCCGAAGAAAGCCUGGAGCUCUUCCGCAAGGUGCGUUCUGUUUUGGACCCUUUGACAAAAAAAAAACACAAAAGCUGUUGUUUGCUGUGGUUGCAUGCAUGCUGGAUGCCAAUUUCAUACUAUAUUUGUUUGUUUGCUUUCUUGCUGACCGGAAUCUUUGUCGUGCUUUGGAAUCAAUUAAAAAAAAUCGUAUGCUCACUAUCCAAACUGCGCGAUAGAUGAAAAACGGAGAAUGCAAAGAAGGAGAGCACGUUGUCCGUGCCAAAAUUGACAUGGCGUCCCCCAACAUCAACAUGCGGGAUCCCACCCUGUACCGAAUCAAACACGAAUCUCACCAGGAAACCGGCGACAAAUGGUGCAUCUACCCGAUGUACGAUUUCAGCCACCCCAUUUCCGACUCUCUCGAGGAAAUUACGCACUCGCUAUGUACGCUGGAGUUCGAGGACCACCGACCCUUUUACGACUGGACGAUCGAAAAAUUGUUGCCAACGGGAUUGAUUACCGCCAAGCCACGACAAAUCGAAUUCAGCAGGCUGAACAUCCAAAACACCGUCUUGUCGAAGCGAAAAUUGAUUCAGCUCGUCGAACAGAAUCAUGUGAACGGCUGGGACGACCCACGGAUGCCAACCUUGUCGGGAAUGAGACGGAGGGGUGUGCCACCAUCGGCCCUUCGCCUCUUUUGCGAACGCGUCGGAAUCUCGAAGACCGACUCCAAUAUUGCCUUUUCGGCACUGGAGGAAUGCGUUCGUUUGAAAAUGGACGAUGCGUGCGAGCGAGCCUUUUGUGUUCUGAAACCACUCAAGGUGACCCUGACCAACUGGGAGGGAGACGCAGAUGGCAACGAUCUGGAACAGUUCACGUCUCCGCGACACCCAAAGAUUGCAGAAAUGGGGGACCGAACCAUUCCGUUUGGAAAAGAUUUGUACAUCGAGAGAAGCGACUUUUUUGAUUUGGAAGGACCCGAGGGCGAAAAGAACGGAGGCCGGGUUCCCAAGGGAUACAAGAGGCUGCUUCCCGGGAAGAUGGCACGCUUGCGUUACGCGUAUGUCAUUCAGUGCGACGAGGUGAUCCGAGAUCCCGAAACACAGGAACCGAUCGAACUGAAGUGCUCAUACUUCCCAGACACCCGGGCGGGUGUCACCCCCGAAGGGAUGCAAAGAGUGAAAGGAAUCAUCCACUGGGUCGAGGGAACUACCGGAGUCAAGUGCAAAAUCAACCAAUACGACCGCUUGUUCCUCACCGAAGAACCCGGAAAAGAAAGCGGUGAUUACCUCAAGGACUUGAAUCCGAAGUCGCUAGAAAGCCUAGAAGAUGUUUUCAUCGAACCCAGUGUUGCGGAAGAUGCCGUCAAAUUGUUGAAAACGAUCGACGAGAAAUCCGAUGCAUACGCAGCUUCCCUUGCCUAUCAAUUCGAACGAAGUGGUUACUUCGCACUGGACAAGGAGUCGACCGGAAAGGACAACCUUGUUUUCAACCGUGUCGUCACGCUCCGGGAUACGUGGGGUGCUCCGGACCAGAAGAACAACGGAAAGAAUCAGAGAAACCGAGGAAACAACAACGGCGGUGGUCGUGGACGUGGCGGUCGGCAGGUCCAAGAAAAGAAGGGACCCGUGGAAGAUAUCCGUCGGGUUGCCUUCCGGGCGGCAACCAUCAUGGAGGCGGGACCCCACCCAGAGGCCGAUGCUCUCUUGGUGUGCAAAGCCGACUGCGGUGACAAGGCCGAAGACGGAAGUCCUGACUACCGCACUGUUGUAGCCGGGCUUGCCGGAAAGAUCCCUGUCGAAGAAAUGAUCGGGAAGAAGAUUGUCGCGGUGACCAAUUUAAAACCAGCCAAGAUGAGGGGCAUCGAGAGCACCGCAAUGUUUCUGGCGGCAUCGGAUGGGGUCGAAGGCGACGACGAAAAAGUCGAGUUGUUGAACGUCCCUUCGGAGGUUCCCAACGGAGAACUGCUGUCCCUGGAUGGCAUGGAAACCAGCGAACCAGAUGCAAUGAUGAAGAGCAAGGGCGCACUGAAAGCUUUUGACCGAGCAAAGGCAGGCCUGAAGGCCAACAGCGACGGAGAAGCGAUGUGGGCUGAUGAGAAGGAGUCUUCCCAUCGACUGAUGACAUCGGCCGGCCCCGUGACUACUAGUUCACUUAAAGAUGCUGUCAUCCAAUAAAAUACUAGGAGAUGCUAUAAUUGCUGUGCUGCAAUUUCAGGAUAGAUCGAUGACUCUAAAAUGAAUAUCAAUUAAAAUU